UUCAGGCCGGGAUAAAGGCGAGCCCAAGCACCAUGGCCACCGGCAUCAAGGUCCUGAGUCUGAAUGUGCGUUUCGGAAACCACACGGAUGCCAAGAUGGUUCCCUCCUUCCUCGGAUGCUUUCCCAAUUUGGAGGCACUCCACAUUAUUUCUGAAAAAUGUGAUCAUCAAGCUGGCAGUGCCAGGAUGAACCUCAACUUCUGGAAGCAGGCCAAGCCCACCGAAAGCGUCAAGUCGUGUAUCAAGGUGUUCUCUUACAGAGAAUUCCGAGGGGAGCUUGGGGAGGUUUCCUUCCUCAAGUUCUUCUUCCGGAACACGAGGGUGCUGAGGACUGCGUCCAUCUCCAUGGCUAACCAGAGCUUCACGACAUUCUCGAUGGAUGAGGCGACUCGUAAAGCGCAGGAAGCUUCUAACAACAUGGCCAGCAGGUCCUGCGAAAUGGUGCUUCUCGGGAGCACAGGUCCUGAAGGAGGUAGCCCCUGGAGCUUCAAGAGAGGGACGGUUUACUCCUUUGAUGACCCUUUCUCAGCGGUGCAGAUCCGCAACAUAGCUUAAUAUCUGUAUUUGCUUCUUUUGGUACCUGAUUUUGGUGGUACUUACAUUGCAGACUUUGUGUUAAAUUCGUUGUCUGAUCUUUGAUGAGAAUCAGAAAUACUAUGGACUGAUGAUAGCUUGGUUGCCUCUUUCCUGUAGUAUAUGCUCCUUGCAACUUUUUGAUUGUGGCAGCAUGUUUUAACUGUAUUUUGUGGAUCAUGUCGUCCUGAUCGCCAUGCAGAUCAAUUAUCAUCAGAACUCUAUGGUCUUUAGGCAUGUAUUGUUUUGAUUAUAUAUGUCCUUGAACUUCA